GUUUGUCUCCUGGUCUGCGGCCGUAGCGGCGGCGUGGGGUGAGCGACCCGGGGCUGUCUCCGGGCCGUGCGUGUGGGGCUUAGAGCUGCUGGGCGCGUCGGUGCCGCGGAGGAGGGAGCGGCGGGAGCAGCGGCAGAAGUAGGAAGUGCAAAGCACACCAGUCUGCACGAUUAAUGCUGGAGGUAUGAGACCCAAGAAAGGAGAAUCCAGUAAAAUGAUGCCUUCAAAGAAGCAGGAUUACAAGAUUUCUUUGCUGGCUAUUUCUUCAACCUUGGUCUUCUGAUGCAAUAUCCUUUGAAAUUAUAAUGGGUUUUACGUUGGAGCAUGAAGAAAACUGGCUUCAUAACAGAAUUUGUGUGUGAGAAGUGGUACAGAUUACUAUAAAUAACCAUGACAACUUCUCAUAUGAAUGGACAUGUUACAGAAGAUUCUGACAAUGAUACAAAAAAUGUGGCGCUUGCAUCUCCUGAGGAACCUCAGAAGCACAGAGAGAUGGCUGUUGAUUGCCCUGGGGAUUUGGGGUCCAGGAUGAUGCCAGUACGACGAAGUGCUCAACUUGAGCGGAUUCGCCAGCAACAGGAGGACAUGAGGCGCAGGCGAGAAGAAGAAGGAAAGAAACAAGAACUAGACCUUACUGCUUCAAUGAGGCUUAAGAAACUAGCGCAGAUUCCUCCCAAAACUGGAAUAGAUAAUCCUAUAUUUGACACAGAAGAAGGAGUCAUUCUGGAGAGUCCUCAUUAUGCUGUAAAAAUACUAGAAUUGGAAGAGCUGUUUGCUUCUCUUAAGCAUAUCCAACACACUUUGGUAGACCCCCAGAGCCAAGAGGAUAUCUCUCUCGUUUUACAACUUGUCCAAAAUACUGAUUUUCAGAAUGCAUUUAAGAUACACAAUGCUGUCACAGUGCACAUGAACAAAGCCAGCCCUCCGUAUCCUCUUAUCUCCAAUGCGCAAGAGCUAGCACAAGAGGUACAGUGUGUUUUGAAACCCAGUCACCAGAAAGAUGGGCAGGAGCUUAGUGCUUUGCUGAAUGCCCCUCACAUUCAGGCACUUUUAUUAGCUCAUGAUAAGGUUGCAGAGCAAGAAAUGCAGCCAGAGCCAGUGACAAAUGAAAAGGUUUAUGAGAACUUUGGCCUGUAUGGAGGGGAGACAGUGAAAAUAGUUCGCAUUGAGAAGGCUCGAGAUAUUCCAUUGGGUGCUACAGUGCGCAAUGAAAUGGAUUCUGUCAUCAUUAGUCGAAUAGUGAAAGGGGGUGCUGCAGAGAAGAGUGGGUUAUUACAUGAAGGGGAUGAAGUUCUGGAAAUUAAUGGCAUUGAGAUUCGAGGAAAAGAUGUUAAUGAAGUUUUUGAUUUGCUGGCUGACAUGCAUGGCACUCUGACAUUUGUGCUGAUACCCAGUCAACAGAGCAAGCCGCCUCCUGCCAAGGAGACAGUUAUACACGUGAAAGCACAUUUUGACUAUGAUCCUUCUGAUGAUCCUUACGUACCUUGCCGAGAGUUAGGUCUGUCUUUUCAAAAGGGAGAUAUACUCCAUGUGAUCAGCCAAGAAGAUCCAAACUGGUGGCAGGCCUACCGAGAUGGAGAUGAAGACAAUCAGCCUUUGGCAGGCCUUAUCCCAGGAAAGAGCUUUCAACAGCAAAGAGAAGCAAUGAAGCAAACCAUAGAAGAAGACAAGGAGCCAGAGAAAUCAGGAAAACUCUGGUGUGCAAAGAAAAAUAAAAAGAAACGGAAAAAAGUUUUGUACAAUGCCAAUAAAAACGAUGAUUAUGACAAUGAAGAAAUUUUAACCUAUGAGGAAAUGUCACUGUAUCACCAGCCAGCAAAUAGGAAAAGGCCCAUUGUUCUGAUUGGCCCACAGAACUGCGGCCAGAAUGAACUACGUCAGAGACUAAUGAAUAAUGAAGUAGAUCGCUUUGCAGCUGCAGUUCCUCAUACCACUCGGAGUAGGCGAGAGAAUGAAGUGGCUGGCAGAGAUUACCAUUUCAUCUCACGGCAGGCAUUUGAGACUGACAUAGCUGCAGGGAAAUUUAUUGAGCAUGGCGAGUUUGAGAAGAAUCUGUAUGGUACCAGCAUAGACUCUGUGCGGCAAGUAAUCAACUCUGGCAAGAUAUGCCUUUUAAAUCUCCAUACACAGUCAUUGAAGACCCUACGCAAUUCAGACUUGAAACCAUAUAUUAUCUUCAUUGCACCACCUUCGCAAGAGCGGCUACGUGCUUUAUUGGCCAAAGAGGGUAAAAAUCCAAAGCCAGAAGAACUAAGAGAAAUCAUAGAGAAGACCAGAGAGAUGGAACAGAACAAUGGCCAUUACUUUGACACAGCGAUUGUGAAUUCUGAUCUUGAUAAGGCAUAUCAGGAGCUACUUCGUUUAAUAAACAAACUUGACACGGAACCUCAGUGGGUGCCAUCCACCUGGUUACGGUGAAAAAGAACAGUUCUAAGGGACAAGCAGACUUCUAUCCAGCAGUCUGUCAAAGGGAGAUUGCACAUGACUCAAUACAACUUAAAUAGUAGGUGGCAGUGUGAGCUCUAGACCUCUGUGGGUGCACCCGUUAAUAGUUGGUGUAUUAGUGAAGAAAAUCCAGUAGGCAGUUCAUGAACAGAAUGAUGUACUGAUUAAACAUUGUCUGGGUUUUCUUCUCAUCUUUGGACUAGAAAUGGAAGCUCUAAACAAGCCAGUACAAUUUUUAACAAUUUAACUAGCCUUUCUAGCAGCUGCUUUACCUUUUCUAUCUACAAUCACCUUUAAAAACUAAAGAUUUUAAAUGUAUGUAUAUAUACAGUCCAUGUUGUCAUAUAGUUAUAAAUAUUAUUUAACACUGUUAACUUAAUGACCUUGUGGCCCAUGAUAGUAGUUUGUGAAUAUACCUUUUACAAAAACACUGGGCAGAGAAAUAAUCUACAUGAGACACUAAGGUUUAUAUGAGAUUCUCCCCUUUUAAAAAUACACAGAAUAAGGUGCCACUUUGGUCUGAAGCUGCCUGGUUAGGCUUGAAUUUAUUUUUUUAAUUAUUUACAUUCCACUUUCUGAGAGCACUGUAAUUUGGAAAAUGUGUAUAAUGUAAAUAUUUCAACCCUUUGUGUCUUUUUAGUCAGACUUUGUAAAUCAAAUUUGACUGCACAUUAACCUUAGGUCCAAUGAAAAAGGAAUAUGUACUGAUCUUUUAGAUGUGAUAUUUUUAUGGAAUUUUGUUUUUCAUCAGUUGAUUUGGGAGCCAUUGCUCCCCACAGAUUUGUAGAGAUGUUUAGAAGGCAGAGGUUAUAUUUUUAUUAAAAAAAGACAUUCUUAUAAAAUGUGCGGUUUUAAAAAAAAAUCUUCCUGAUAAUGUAAACAGUUCUUAUGCUUCUAACAUAAAGGAUACUGACUGAGUGGGCA